GUUUGAUUGCGUUUAAUGUUCUAACCUCAUUGUGAACGUGCAAAGGGUACGGAUUGUAGUCGGUCGUAUCGUGCAAAACGCUGAAAGUUUUGCUGUAAAAUAGAUAUUUCGGUCGAUAAAAUUCCGAUUAUUGUCUGAAAAUGGUGAAACUGACGCCAGACUUGAUAGAGCAGUCGAUGCAGUACAUUAAUCCCGUGCGAGAUCGCGAGUUGGAUCUGAGAGGAUACAAGAUACCCACGAUUGAAAACCUGGGCGCGACUUUGGAUCAAUUUGAUACAAUAGAUUUUUCCGAUAACGAUAUACGUAAACUGGACGGAUUUCCGCUGUUGAAAAGAAUAAAGACCCUGUUCUUCAAUAAUAAUCGUAUCGUCAGAAUCGCUGAAGGAUUAGAGCACUGCAUACCAAACUUACAAACUCUGAUGUUAACCGGCAACAUGAUACAAGAACUGGGAGACCUGGAGCCGCUGAUACCACUGCAAAAUCUCGCGAAUCUGUGUUUGCUUCAAAAUCCAGUGUCGGCCAAACCGCAGUACAGACAGUACGUCGUAUACAGAUUUCCACAGCUCAAGUUGCUCGACUUUCGAAAGAUCAAGCAGAAGGAACGCGAGGCAGCGAUCGAGUACUUCAGAAGCAAACGUGGCAAGGAGAUGGCACGUGAAAUAGCAAAGAAAGUGAAGGCGCAGGCAGCUGGUAUGUCUACGGACAAGCCCUUGACCACUCCUGAGGAACGUAACAAAAUUCGCGAAGCCAUCACGAACGCCUCCUCCUUGGAAGAGGUGCAGAGACUUAGCAAAUUAUUACAGGCUGGUCAUAUACCUGGCGAGGAACGAUUGCAAAACGGCAACGGAACAGUGGAACCUAUGGAAGAGGAUGAUGAUUAAGUCAGCUAUCUUUUGUAUGUAUAAUUUAAGUCCGAAAAGAACUUCCUCCAUACUGUACGUGUAAGUAUGCAACUCGCAGCAAGUGAAUAUGACAUAAUGCAAUGUGCAUCUGAUGCUGAUAAGAAAUUGUAUACUACACAGAUAGCAUCUAUGCUGAUGCAGAUACUACUUUUUUUUGUUAAAAUAAAGAGGAUUUGAUAUUAAAAUUAGCCUGGAAGCGAUUUCUACUGUUACAAACGUUCAGUAUUACAAAUGCAAUUUUAAUAUAUCGAUAUGUUUAUUUCAGCUUCGAAUAAAUCGAUUCUUCAAGAGA